AUGGACUUUCCAGAAAAUGAGUUUGGAAAGCAGGCAAAUCAGGCAGCAGUUCAUAGAAGUCAGUAUUACAAGGGGAGUGCAGUAAUCCCUAUUCGGCACAUUAUCUUCGAUACAGAGGAUAUAGUUGGUCAAAGAGAAUUUGACGAAAAGAAUCUUGAUCGGCUUCAACAAAUCUUCGAGGUUGAGGGGUGUUGGAAUCUUUACCCAGAGUACCGCAUUGCUGUUACUAUUGACCAGUCGGAUCUUGACUGGUCACUCGUGCAUAGCAAUGUUUCACUUGAGGUAUUAAUGGAUCCUAGAGAGCGGCCUCUGUUAGAAUUUCGCAAUGGCACCAAGUUGAGGUGUAUUUACGGGAAACAUCGAAUCAAGGCGUCAUCUAUGUAUGGCGAAACUACAUGGCUUGUUGACCUUUACACUGGAACUAAGGUUAUCUAG